CCCUCGCUGUCUGCCUGGCUCGCCGCGGCCGGAGCAGCGCGCAGGCGGCACUGGCAGCCCCGGCCGGGCGGCACGGCGGGCUGGGGCUCGGAGCCCUGCGCAGCGCUGCGGAGCCCAGCGGGCUCCGGCCGCCCCCCGAGCCCCCCGCCGGGGCAGCCGGCGCGCCGGUUUUGGAGGCUCAUUUUGCAGUGGCUGCACGCUGACACCAUGGCACCGAGGCUCCCGGGAAUGGGGCCCUUCUCCCUCCUCAGCCUUGGAUUCCUGCUCCUGGUUCUGGCUCUCUCUGCUGUUGCUGGGCUCUCUCAGAAGCACGUCUCAGACGUCGUGGAUGACAGCAAAGACAACAUCACCAUUUUCACACGCAUCCUGGACCGGCUCCUGGACGGAUACGACAACCGCCUGAGGCCUGGGCUCGGAGACAGUGUAACCGAAGUCAAGACAGACAUUUACGUGACGAGUUUCGGCCCUGUCUCGGACACAGACAUGGAAUACACCAUUGACGUCUUUUUCCGUCAGUCCUGGAGAGAUGAAAGGCUGAAGUUUGAUGGCCCCAUGAAAAUCCUUCCCCUGAACAACCUGCUGGCCAGUAAGAUCUGGACUCCUGACACUUUCUUCCACAACGGGAAGAAAUCUGUUGCCCACAACAUGACAACCCCCAACAAGCUGCUGCGCCUGGUGGACAACGGCACCCUCCUGUACACCAUGAGGCUGACCAUCCACGCCGAGUGCCCCAUGCACCUGGAGGACUUCCCAAUGGACGUGCACGCCUGCCCCCUGAAAUUUGGGAGCUAUGCCUACACAAAGACAGAGGUGAUCUACACCUGGACCCUGGGGAAGGAUAAAUCCGUGGAAGUAGCCAAGGGUGGAUCUCGCCUGAACCAGUAUGACCUGCUGGGCCAUGUGGUUGGGACAGAGAUGGUUCGAUCCAGCACAGGGGAAUACGUCGUCAUGACCACACACUUCCACCUCAAGAGGAAGAUCGGGUACUUUGUGAUCCAGACCUACCUGCCCUGCAUCAUGACUGUCAUCCUGUCCCAGGUCUCCUUCUGGCUCAACAGGGAGUCCGUCCCUGCCCGCACGGUUUUUGGUGUCACCACGGUGCUCACCAUGACCACACUAAGCAUCAGCGCCAGAAACUCGUUACCCAAAGUGGCGUACGCGACGGCCAUGGACUGGUUCAUAGCCGUCUGUUAUGCCUUUGUGUUUUCUGCGCUGAUCGAGUUCGCCACCGUCAACUACUUCACCAAGCGCAGCUGGGCCUGGGAUGGCAAGAAGGUGCUGGAGGCCCAGGAGAUGAAGAAAAAAGAGCCGGUGGCGCUGGCGAAGAAAACCAACAACACCUACAACAUUGUUGGCACCACCUACGCCCUGAACAUCAGCAAGGAGCCCGGCCUGCCCACCAUCUCCAAGAGUGCUGCUGCCACUGCCACGGCCACCAGCGUGCCCCCCAAGAUGCCCCGCCUGGAGGAGAAGCUCCCCGAGAGCAAGAAGACCUACAACAGCGUCAGCAAGGUAGACAAGAUGUCCCGCAUCGUCUUCCCAGUCCUCUUUGCCAUUUUCAACUUGGUCUACUGGGCCACCUACGUGAACAGGGAGUCAGCUAUCAAGGGAAUGAUCCCCAAACAGUAAAACCGGUCACGCAAACCUUCCAUCAGUGAGCAUCAUCCCAGCAGGAAUUCUCCAGGGCUUUCUUCUUUUCUUCUUUUGUUUAAUUAUUAUUGUUCAUUUGAUAUUAUUAUUAUUAUUAUUAUUAUUAUUAUUAUUAUUAUGUCACUCUUUUCUAAUGUAAACAAAACUGUGAUUUUAAUUUAAUCCCAUCUAUACUUUGGUUAUAUUUACUUUGAUGAUGAAAGCUAAAAAAAUAAUAAGGGAUCAUAACAAGUUGUGCCUCUAACAUCUUAAGUCUGCUGUCACCCAUCUGACCAAGUCACCCUGUGCUGCCAUCUCUCCUCUGCCACCUCCUGUGGUCCCCAUGGUCUUCACACCUCUGCCAUUUCAUGCUGUCCCCAGGGGCCUCUGCUCUGGGGUUCCUUCUCUGUGAUGGGCUGCCCGAGCAUGGGGGAUGCUCCUGGACACGUGGGCUGCAGGGUGUGUCAGUCACUCAGCCAGGAUCCUCUCAGUGCCUGGCUCUUCGUGCAGGGUCCUGCACCUGGGCUGUGAGUGCAGGUGAGCUGGUCACCUGCAGGGACGAGGGAGCAGCCUGGCAUGGGCCAGCUUGUGGUCCAGUGCCCCCUGGGGCAAACCUGCCCCUGCUGUGGUUACCAGAGCAGACAGCAUCUUGUAGGUAUUGCAGGUCUUCUUCCUCUCUGUCUUCACCAAACCCAGCUGGUUUUGUCUCUCCAGACAAGAAAGGUGGGAAAGGUGCUGUCUGGCUGGCAUUGUGCACUCUUGGGGCAAUUGAUGUUAGCAGGAACUGUGGUUCCUAUCAGAGAAAUCAUUUUCCUUAGCAUCAGUCAGGAAGUCCAGGCAGAAACUUUACAAAGCCUUGGAGGAGCUGGCAGCUGUGAGGCUGCACGCACGCAGCAUCAGGACUGGAAGCCACAGAGAUGCUCAGAUCAAUGGUCUAUCACUUCCUCUUAUGGCCCCAUCCACUUAUUGUUCUUAGCAGAUCCUUUCUAUCCCAGCCCCUUCUUCCAGCUUCCCCUUCAUCUUCCUCUGGCUGCUCAGCAGCCCUCGUUGGUAUCUCAGUGCUCACACGUGGAUUUAGGGAAUCUCCCUCCUCUGGGGUAAGCCAUGCUGAUGGGGAGGAGCACAGCCUGGGGAAACCCAGCUCAUGGUGCAUCCCUGCUCCAGUGCAGGAUGCUCCCUGUGGGACCUGCCACGGGGAUGGGGCAGGGCACUGGUGGUCCCCAAGACUCUCCCAGUCCCUGCUGAGCUGGUGCAUCCUCAGCACCACAGGAAAACAGCAGAAGGGGCUCUUGGGAAGAGCAGGUGACACUGCUGUCCCAUAGAGCCAUGGGAGCCAGGUGGCAUCCCACAGAGCAACUGAGGCAAGACUCAGUCUAGCACUGCACACUCUUCAAAGGAAAGCCCUCCAGAGCCUUAGAGAGAGGCUUUUUCUUCCUUCCUGACCACCACAGUGGACCCAAACCAGAGUUUGUCCUUUUCCCAGCAGCAGCACAAAGUGGUGACAUCCAAGCCAUCCAUCCCUGGAUCCAUGGGCACACUGUCCUACAGGGAGGGACAUCCUGUGCCUGAUGAUUCCUUGGGGUAGCACAGUCCUGCUGCCCCAGAGGGGUGCACCCCCUCUUUCUUAGGGCACCCCCUCUGACCCUCUGGCUGUCCCCAGAGCUGCCCCCAGUGUGUUUUGGGCUCCUGCAGCUACACCAGGGCCCCAGCACCCCCAGGGUGAUACCUUCAGCAUUGCUUUGAGCCCCUGUGCCGGGUUUAGCUUCCCCCUGCCCGUGCAGGAGCAGGGCUGAGCACAAGGCACAGGAUUUGUCCCACCUGGAAUAUCCAUGAGGGCGGCAGGAUGGAGCGAGGAAGGCCAGGGCACUUUGUCCUGCAGCAUGGGAGGCCCUGGUGCACAUCCUGCCUGUCCUUUACCAAUCUCACUGGCUCAACAGCAGUGCAGUCACUCCCCCUGCCCAUAGCUGAGAUUUGGAGAGGAGUUUGGAGGUGUUUAGCCCAGUCCCAGGGUGUUGAGUCCACAAGCACAUCCACACAGCUGGCAAUAUUGGGAAGGAGGAACCUUCCCCCACCAGGCUGCUGCUGAGGAAACCAGCUCUGUCCACAUCCUCUCUCCCAGCAUCUGCACCCCAAACCAUGUCAUUUCUACAGUGCCUUUCAUCCCUGAGGGUUCUCUGGUGGGUGGGAAGACCCAGGAGCUCUCCUGCUCUGCCUGAAGCAUUGGGGUGGAGGAGCAGAGGGGAGGGUGAACCAUCCCCAGCCCUUCUGCUGGGCAGGGAGGACAUCCUGGCUUCUUUGGCACCUGGUUCUGCCUCUUGGGCCUCCUGCUGCUGCUGCUGCUGCUGCAGCCACCCCACUGUGACAUUCCAGCUGCCCCAUCACUGCUGGACGUGUCCCCAAGACCCUCACCCCAAGGCACCCCCACACUCCCUCCAGCAGUGAGCUCCCUUCCUGCCACCCUUCUGCUCCCUGGGCUCUCCAGUGCAGAGGGCUACAGCUGUCUGUUCUGGAAACCUUCUCUUAAAUAAGCUAGAUGAAGAGUGUCUCAUAAAACAUUCAUGUCACUAUAAUACUCAGGCCUAAGUGAAUGGAAUAGAAACCCUACAACAAGCAAAACCAAGACAAUAAAAUGGUCACAAAGAGUAUGUUGUGUUUACUAAUGGAAUUACAGCAGGUUUAAAUAACUCCAUCCAAUGACUUAGCUGGCUUAGCUGGCCCUGCUGGUUUCCUCUGCUAGCCGGAGAAUUCCCCAAAAUCCCUUUUACCCCAAGAGCCUCGUCUCUUUUUGUCAGUGCCUGCUUUGUAGAGCUCUCCAUAAAUCAUCAGGUCUUACCAUCAGCUUCUCAGCAGCCCAAGCACCCUGGGGCUGCCUUUGCUGGCUGCCCAGGCCAGGUGGGCUCUGUGCUGUGGGGUGAUGCUCAGGAGAGGAGCUGGGUCACCCUGAAGUGCUGCACACAGCUCCUGAUCCUCCUCCCUCCCUUCCUGCUGUGAUCCCAUCACUCCCGCUGAACUCGGGGUGAAUUCCUGCCCGUCCCUCCCCACUGCCCUCUCCUCUUGUCCCUCUCCAGGACACUGCCCUGCUGGCUUGCCCGUGACACCCAUCUGCUGGCUCUCCCAAAAACCUGCUAAACGCUGCCUUCCUGUGCCUGUGUGAGCACGCCUCGAAAGCCAAGUCUAUUCCGAACCAAAGCCUGGCAUGGGCUCUGAGUCUUUCUGCCAGCUGGAAGCAGAAAUACCGGCAUCCUUUGGUUAAAGACAACAAACCAAACAGGAUUUCUAGUUUGGCUUCCAAGCAGGAAAGCAUUUCGGGAAGAUAGUUAUAAAUAAGUGGUUUAACAUCUCCUGCCAGCAGACAUCACAGAGAAGAUAAUGUUCUUUUUUUAUAAAACUGUCAGUGACUCAAAUUAGGACUUUUCCUUCCCAGUUAACACGAGGCUGUUGAUGGGGGCUUCUUCUAAGUGCUUGCCAGGCCAGAGCUAAUCUAGCAUCAAAAACUGGAGUUUUAGGCUUGCUGUGACGGCAUAGAAGGGUUCCAUUUUCAUAGCUGAUCUGUACAGAAACUUAUCUGUAUAUGACCACUGAUAAUCUAAUCCACAGCUGUGCAGACAGUGGGCACUGUGAACCUCAGGACUCCAGAAUUUCUUUUCUUCUGGCAAGGCCCAAACUUCCCCGACUUGAAGAGACUCUCCCAGGCAGGAACUGGAAGGCUUUGAGGGUGAUAAAAUUGAGCUGUUGGUCUGCACUCUUGUUUUGCAGCUCACACCACCUGGGAAACACACAGUGCAGUCCCAGCCUGCAGCUGCACUGCUGCUGGGAAUGUCAGAGGGAUGUUUUGGCACCUUCCCUCUUCUGAAACUGCACAUGGGCAUGGGGGAGGCAGGGACAGCUCCUCUGGGGUUCCUCAGCAGGCAGGGACAGCAGCACAUGGUCACUGAGAGCUGCACAGAGUGGAGAACAUCCCUGGGGGGUGGCAGGAGAGGGCUGGGGCAGAGGUGGUCCCUCAGUGCCACCUCUUCUCCCAAGGGCUGAUGAAGAUGCUCUCAUAGAACAUCCUGAAAGCUUCUCAAACAGAGCCCAGCAGGGCUGUGGCACUCAAGACAGAGCUCCCCUGCUCUCCCCUGUGCAGCCAGCCCAGCCUGCACCACAGCCAGCACAGUCCCCUGUCCUGAUCCCUGCCAGCUCAGUGGCACUGGCUUGUUUGCUGCAGGACACCCUGAGCUCUCCCCAGGCUCGCUGUUCCCAGGCACAAGAUUGUCCCCAGCCAGCCCUGCUGGCCCAUCCUGUGGACACCAGGUGCACCCAUUCCUCAUCCUUGAUUUCUUCUGUCUGUGUCUUGGAUUCCUUUCAGCCUCCUCUGGGGAGGACUCCAUCACAUCCCAGGAAAGGGUUUGUCCUGUUGCAGGUCACCUCUCCUGGGAAGAGCCUCUGUUCUGCUGAGAACCACUCUGAGACCUCCAGAAACCUGGGGCUGCUGCCUGUCCCAGGGGAUCCAGGAGAGUUCUGCAGCACAGAGGGUGCUCUCCCAGCAGGCUUUCCCUGGGAAGGGCUUGUCAGGGAUGUGCUGGUGCCCCCCAUCCAUGUUCUUGAUGCUGGGAGUGCUGGAGAGCUGAGGUGGGGCUGUCACAGCAGCCCAGGCCCCACUCCAGGCCCUCUUCCCCAAAUUUCAUCCCCCCCUGGAGCUGCACUUCAGAUAUCUGUGUGGAUUUUACAGACUGCAGAGAAACAUUUCCAUGACUCCUGUUGAGGUUGGAGAGGGCUCAAUCAGGGCAAAGGACUCAUUGAUGGAAACGUAAAUGCUCUAUUAAUAUUAAAGUGGGAAGAAAAAACAUCCAAGCAACUCACCAAUCCUCUCCAUAUCAAGCUAAACUACUUCUGAAGGUAGUUUUGGCACGAGGCCACAGCACAGAUGAGAUUGAUGGCUUCCAGGUAUAAAUAUUUACUGUUUGACCUUGUUAUUGUUCCAUCAGCCAAAGGUUUUUACAUAUUUAUAUAUAUAUAUAUAUAUAUACACGUGUGUGUGUAUAUUUAUGUUCACAAACUCUUUACAUCUAAACGUCAAACCUCUUUGUCUUUGAAAGAUAGAAUGGCCACUUUUAAUUAUUUUACUUUCCUCUCAUUCUCUUUGCUGAGUCUUCUAGAGUGAGGUCAACCCUGUCCACUGGGCUUUGGGAGGCACAGGGAAUAAAGGGAGCAAGGGAGAAGAGCCUCUCCCCACCCUGGGGGUUCAGUACAGGCUUGUUGCAUGGAGCAAGGUCACUCAAUAUCUUUCAGGAAAGCUUUGUCCCCAGUGUCACAGCUGCUCCAGCACAGCCCUUGUCCUGCUCUGGACACAGGGAUGUCCCUGAGAUGGAUUUUUAACAGCUGAGUGCUGCAAGCAGUGGGUCCUCACCCCGUUGCACAAGCAGGGAAUGUGCAGUGUGAGGUCUCCACCCUCAGCCUGCUUCAGGAGGGAGCACAAAACCUGCAGGGAUCCUCUCCAGCUGUCCCUGGCCAGAGGAACACCUUGGCCUCUCCUGCCCAGCUCAGGGGAGUGCUGGCACUUGGCUUCUGCUCGCUGCUGCUCCAGGUGGGAUGCAGGGAUAGCUGUGAGGGCUGUGGGAGGUGUCAGCAGGAGCUGCUGCUGCUGUCCCCAUCUCAGCACAAGCAGGAGCACUCACAGGUGCUGGGUGACCUGUGAGCAGCCCCUCGCAGAGGCACCCAGCAUCAGCUCCCUCAGCAUCACAACCUCCCCCCUGCCUUAGAAGAAACAUUCAGGCUGUGAACCUGCACUUGUAGCUCCUCUGUUCCCUCCUCUGCUGCUGGACAGAGGCUGUGGCAGUCAGCAGUGAGGGCCUUGUGCUGUCCCAGCCAGGAGAAUGAAGGAUGUCAUCCGUUCUUGUCCUGGGUCUGUGCCUCCCACCACGGGAAUCUGUGCUGCUUCACAGUCUUGGGCUUGGCUUGGUCCCAGCACUGGGACCCAUCCUUCACCACGAGUGGGGUGAUGCUGGUUUUGCUCCUGAAGCUCUAGGACAGAACAUGUUCUGGCUAUUCUGUCCCGUUCCCCACCGGAGCAGUUCUCUCCUGUACAAAACUUUCACAGUCCCAUCUGCCGAGAGAGGGAAGCCUGGUUCCAUGUUUGCUGCGUGAGCCAGGGUGCUCCCAGAGUCUUUGAAGGCUCUUGGCUCUUCUCUUCAGUGCUGCUUGAGGGCCCUGUCAGCUUGAUGAGACCAUUGGCUCGUGUUGCACUGUGAGCUGCACUCUGUCUCCCCGAAAAGUCUGUCAGUGCCUCCUGUCUCUCUGCAAGCAAAUGUAACAGCAGUCAUACGUCAAAUGAUUUGAUUUUUGCAACCACAGAAAGUAGGGGCAGAGCUGGGAAACCUGAGUCACUGCCACACUGCCUUUGCCAGGCUGCAUUUAGAGUGGAAGGGCUCCUCUGUGCUGUCACCAGGGAGUUUCUCAGCCCCCCGAUCCAGCCAGGUGGCCUCGAGCAUCCCUCCAUCAACCAGAUUGUCACUGGCAACUGACCUGGGGAUGGCUGCAGGCAAAGGUCCUGCCCAAAGGUGAGGGCACCAGCUGCUCUUUGGCUACAGAGUGGACCUAGCACCGUGCCAGGGCAGCCCAUCCUGAGCAGGAGCACAGGCAGCAAAGCAGAGGACACGAGCGUUGUCACAGCCUCGGGUCCAGCCUGUGCCCCCGCACGUCCUCGGCUUUGUUCUCCAUCUCGUGAGACUCUCUUUACACCACUAUGAGAAAGGAUCUAGCUGGCAGCAGUUUAAUGCAUGACAAUCCUGUUAUUACAGCUGUAAAUAAAUAACAACUAGGAAAAAAAAAAAAUGCAUUUUUAAAAUUUUUGGUUGACUUUAUUUUCACUAUUGACUAGCUGGUAGCCACUUUCUUAAGGGAUUUCUCAUGGAAACUGUGACCUUUAUUCUCUGUAUCUCUCUAUCUAUCUCUCUUUCUUUCUGAGAUUUUUUUUUUUCUGUGUUUCAAAUGCUUUUUGGUGCAAUGUUCAAUGCCUGUUUGUAGUUUGGAAUUGUAUUUUUCAACCUUUGCUGGAAAAAAGAAAAAAAAAAGGUCCAUUCUAAUUGGCAGGAUUUUUAGUCCUGCCAUUUUUUUCAGCUUUUAGCUUUUUCAGUAAGUUAAAGCAACAGAAAAAUGCCUCAAAAAAUUACAGUGAAGUUCUGAGGAGAGAUUAGAAAUCAUCAGAAACAAGAAGUACAUGAGUAAGAUCAGCAAGCUGAGUGGAGGAGGAGGAGGACUCUUAUGACACCUACUAACCUCCUGAUGUAGCACACAAGGUGGGACUAGACCUCUUCACUGAAUUAAAUCACUCUGCUUUUCCACUCUACCCACUCUCUCGAACUCUGAUCAAAACAAAUAAAAAUUCAUAUUUUAAAAAAAAA